AUGGGGAAUCUGCCUGGCCGGGAGAAGCCGCUCAGCAUCCCAUCAGCAUCUGCUGACACCACACAGCCCCCGCUGCCGGCCCAGGCAGCCCCCAGCAGUUUCCAGGCCCUGGCCCUCUGUGACUUCCCCUCCGGCGCGGGGGUGGCCGCUGUGCUGAGGAUGGGGGAGCAGCUCCGCAUCCUCUCCGAGGACGGCGAGUGGUGGCUGGUGGUGUCCGAGGUGUCUGGCAAGGAAUGCCACGUCCCCAGCAGCUGUGUGGCCAAGAUCAGGCACGGGUGGCUGUACGAGGGCGUCAGUCGGCAGAAGGCGGGGGAGCUGCUGCUCCGUCCAGGCAACCACAGCGGGUCCUUCCUGAUACGGGAGAGCCAGACCAGGCGAGGCUGCUAUUCACUGUCGCUGCGCCGCGGGGAACGCGCUGCCUGGGCCUCGGUGACUCACUACCGCAUCCACCGGCUGGAGAACGGCUGGAUCUACAUCUCCCCCGGGCUCACCUUCCCCAGCCUGCACAGCCUGGUGGACCACUACUCUGAGUUCAGCGCGGGGCUGUGCUGCCCCCUCAGCCAGCCCUGCUCCACAGACGGCAUGAGGGCGGCCCCGGCUCCAACACCGCCUCUCGUCAAGAAACCGUCGCUGCACUGGGACAAGAUCGACAGCUCCCUCCUGCUCUCGGAGAACGCAUCCCCUCCGGAGGACUCCCCCUUCAGCCUGGGCCUGCGGGAAGCCAUCAGCUCCUACCUGCUCCUCUCGGAGACCGACAACUCUGAGCCAGACCCCGCAGGGAAAGGGGCAAAGAACAGCUGAGGACAGGCCCCAGCUGGCCACAGCCUGUGCUGGACACCCAUCCCCCAGAUCAGCCUUCACCUGCUUUCAGCCACAAUCCCCAGCUCCUCGGUGCUGGGGAAACUGGGCCCGGGACACCCCACACCAAGGUGGGGCCAGGCACCAGUGCAGGAGGAAGGGGCUGCCCGA